CAACGACCCCGCGAGGUUGGAGUAUGGAUAAAGAGUGGUCGCCCCAUGAAACGCCCCUUGGUGUCAGUGACUGACACUCCCAGUUAUGCUCAGCAGUGGUUCGUGUGGUGGGCCUCCUGCCAACCAGAUUGGCGCAACAAGGAGGCACUCGUCCAAGAGGACAGACGUGCUGUGGGGGAUUGGUUGUGUCUUCACCACGGAGGGAAAAAGGGCUUUUUCAUGGUCUCUGUCAGCCUUGCGUGCUGGUGUGAGGCUAUUGUUGACAACGCUGAUCUUGUUUCUUUCACAAAGGCUAUGGGUGAUGUGGCUUGGGAGCCCCUUCAGUGA